AUGACAAAGACCAAAGCUGCUCCGCUGACGGAGCAAACUGCCACUAUCACGCUGCGCAGCCCUCCAUAUUCAUACUUCCACCUCCGUCUCCACGCCAUGCCAACACAAGCUGACCAGACGCUGGACGAAAUCACACUGCGUUCAUAUCUCACGGCAGCGCUUCAGCAGUACCUCGGACUCACCGGCACCGCCAUCCCCGUCGACGUUUUGAAAGUCGAGGGCCCAAAUGCCUGGAUCCGUGUCCCCUGCGACGAUGAGGUCGCUGUCACGGCCGCGGUGAGUCAGUGGGUCGGGGCCAAGGGCGUAAGUCUCGGCAUUGAGGCGAGAGGCUCGUGGUUGGGUGGUGUUGUUGCGAGGGGCCUGGGUAAAGGUUUGUGGAGUUUGGGAGGAUGA